CGCGCGCUGUCGUUUGGGGGGGAUAUAUCUAAACAUCUGUUUGGAUCGGGCAACAAAUCUCGUCCGAGCGUGAGCAAAGUUCUCUGGCCAGCCGCAGAAAAUGUGAAAAAUCUCUUACCGUUUCGUUUGUUUCUCUGGCGAAUUUUCCCAAGCAGCUUUUCCGCUGCUGCGUUCAGUUCAAGUUGUGUUGCCGUUGACGUUGCUGUUGCUGUUGCUGCCUCUGACGCUUCCCCCGAUAGAGAUUUUUGUAUUAUUGUCCGCGCGUUUCGCGUUCCGUGUUCCGUGUUCGUGCUCGUUCGAAACUCUAUGAAUAUCUUUCGGGCAUUUCGCACGAACGAUAGAACUAUCAAAAACGGUUUCAAGAUAUGUAUUUUUAGCCACCGUUAUAAGAAUAAAACAUAUCGUGUGUGAAUAUAUAUAUACAUAUGUACAUCCAUCGUAUAUAGUGCCAUACAUACAUAUGUGCGUGAGUGUAUCCAUGUGUCCGAUAUAGAUGGCACCUUGAACAAACAGUUUAGAACCGCAAUGUGUUCUGGCAACGAAAGUGCGUAAGGGAGAGUGAUGGCCACGCCCACUGCCUCGUUGGCGGCUCCUGGAGCUGCACCGCUGCCCCACGAGCUGACGGCCGAGUGGACAGUGCGUGCCCAUCUCACGUUUGCCCGUGCCGGAGAGGCGGUGCACAAGGAGUGCGGUGCAGGGCCAGUGCAGCCAGUGCAUCCCGUGCGUGUGGUCUACAAGUGGUGCACGCCCUCCGAUGAACCCGAAACAGAGCAGGAUGUCGACAAGACAGCCAACACGAUGGGGACCAGCUUCCGGUCCACCAACUCCUCGGCCACCACCACCAAUGCGGACUCGGCCUUCGGCAGUCCCCAGGCGUCGCGUGCCCUCCCCGCGGGGACAUCCGCUCCAGGCGCCACAGCUCAAGUGUGCGGAACGCGCUGUCGGAGCACCUGCAACAUCAUGGUUUCCGCUGUGGCGGACUUCCUGCCGCAGGAAGCGGCCGCAGGACCGAACGAGCCCUUCGUCUACCACAACAAGGUGCGGGCCCAGCAGCUGCGCGAUGCCUUCUCGCAGACCAGCGACCACGAGGAGCCGCAAUUGGUGGAGCCGCAACAGCGUCGACGUACCGCCUACGAGCAGCGUCGGGCCACCACCGAGGCUCUCAUGAACUUUGCCACCAGGCGGCAGGCAGAGGAGGCGAACACCUAUGUGCCAACCUACUCGCCCACGCCAACGCCCACCACGCCCUCGUCCACAUUCAAGUCGGCCUCGAUGCCUAGGAUACCGCCUCUUGGGGGACAUCAUGGGGGAGGAGGAACCUCACCGCGGAUGCCCCCCAACCUGGGGGAGAAGAAGCCCCGCACCGUCCACAUCGAUGUGUACUGCACGGGCUCCGAGGGGGAUGAGGAGGCGGACGACGAGCAGCAGGCAGAUGUGGAGGUCUCCUCCAGCUCCAGCUCGGACUCGGAUCUGGCCGGGAGCAAGCGUUACGACCUGGACUCCAAUUCCACUCCCCAAACGGUGCUUGACAACGAGCAGAUGCUGCUGCGCCAUCAGCGGAUCUCUGGCGGAGCAUUGCCGCGUCGCUUGGGCCAUCAGAAGGAGCCGAAGGACAACCACCAGAUGAGCCUGGGCCACGCCAUCACCAAAUGCAGCACCGCCGAGGAGGUGACCGAAUCGAAGCAGCUGCUCUUCCGCAAACACAUCGGCGACCAGCGGGCAGCCAAGCUGGCGAAUCUGCGCCAGAAGUACAUGCGGCAGCCGAGCGACGACACCAUCAGCAGCACCUACCCGAACUCCUCGCACUCGACCAUGCCCCGUGAUGCCACCUGCAGCAGCAUCUCCAGCGUGGCAGCGGGCACCGACUGCGUGGACUCCUCGUGGAAGGAAACGGACGAGCCGGAUAACCCGUUGGCAGACUUUGGGCUGACCAAAUCGGAUAGCUUCGACUACGAGAACUCGCUGGAUCGCCUGCGCAUCAGCCAGAUGGAGAGGCUCUGGUCGCGCCAGCACUCCUUCGAUCAGCCCCAGACUACAGCCCCCACCUUGCCACUGCCGCAUCCACACCAGCAUCAGCACCAGCACCAGCAUCAGCACCAGCAUCAACACCAACACCAGCAGCAUUUGCAGACCAUCAAAGAAGUGCAAUCGCAGCGCAACUCCUUCCAGCGGAGCGACACGAUCCCCUCCGAAUCGGAUGGCUUCUCCGACACGAAUGUGUUCAAUACCUACCCGGGCCGGCAGAUAUCGCAAAUGCAGCAGCGCAAUCGCCCCGGUUUCCUGCAGUUCUUUGGGCCCUCAAUCCAUCCCAAUCCUGGCCAGCCAACGCCGCCAGUCACGGCUCCUGUCCAGCCCGCCUCUGCAGCCAGUGCGGAUCCGUUUCGACUGCUCCAUCCGAGCUACCGCUGGAAGAGCGAGGCCCGCGACAAUCUCAGCGUGCAGGGGGCCUCUGGAUCGCCCUCCUCGGAGCGCAGUUCCCCGCAGCUCCUUUCGGCGGCCACCACUGUGCUGCGCUGUGGCAGCGAGGCCCCGCCCAGCACCACUUCGGCCAGCACAUUCGGCACAACGGUCGUGACUCCCUCCCCCCUGCCAGGGCGACGCUUUGAGAUUUCCCGCGACAGCCCGAGCGUGGCCAGUGAGGCCUCCACCGCCACCGUGUCGGGCUACACCCACGAGCACCUGGAGAAGACACGGCGCUUCGGCAAUGUGGUGGCCAUGCGCAAGCCCGGCCACCAUGUGGGACCCACCAAGAACCCCAACUGCCAGUGCGAGAGCUGCCAGCGAUGGCUGGCCGAACGCUUCCAGUUGCGCGGCAGAGCCUUCUCUCUGGGCGAGCGACCAGUGCUAAGGAGGCCGCAGUAACAGUAGAGUAGUAGAGUAGUAGAGUAGCAGAGUAGAGGCCUCUGGAAGGAGGAUUGCACAUAUGUGUGCUUUAGUUUCCCUUAAUUAAUGCCCCUGGCAGCUGUCGAUUCGAAUCCCUACCAAGUAGAGGUCUGCAUGAAUGGCAAGAAUGUGCGCUCACAUGAGACUCGGACGCACGACAUUUAAGCGAAAGAGACAUGAAUGGAAUAAGUGAGAAUGAGGGAGGGGUUUAAGUCAGACACUCGCUCGCAUUCAAAUAUAUGCACUUGUUUAAUUGUGUGCCUUUCGCACUCAAUCCACUCUUUUGCUCUAUCGCAAAACCACUUCAAAACGUGUCUCUUAAAAUAUAUCAUAAGAGGCUCUCUAAGGAUCUUUCACUGCCACAAGCUGAGCUCGGUUUUCGGAUCGAUUUCGAUAGUUUCAUAUUCGCAUGACUUCCGCAUGCCAUAUUUCUUUCACGAUAUUGGUCCACUGGGUCGGGUCAGUGCAGUUUAUUGCACUUUUGUACUUUGAGGCCACGCAGAUUUCUAAUUAAAAGCUUUCCUUCUCUUGCAUUUAACACUCUUCACCGCUCCCGCUCCCUAUUAACCCGCAAAGAUCCUGGACACACACUGGAUUGAAUUUCUUUCGAUUAGGUUUAACCCAAACGCGAAUGUUCCUCACACAAGAAUACACACAGAUUGUGCGCUGAAUCAGUUUAAUGUUUAAUGUUGUAAUAAAGUCAUCAAAUAGUCUGUAAAAAAGAAAGUAGUGUC